GUUCGCCACCUUGUGUCCAGUGCUGACAAAUACAUACAUAAUACUCCCGGCAGGCUGGCACCAGUGUGACAUCACCAUCGUUUGUGCUACCAGACCGUACAUUAGAUCAUCCACACUUCUCAAGUCCACCCAUGCACCAUGUCCCUCGACAGCCAGUACUCCUCCCUCCUUAUCCCCCCCAACCCCGCCUUCGUCACCGCAGACUCCCGUCCGCAGGGCGGCAUCCUCAUUAACGGCGGCCAGUCCCACCGCCAUUCAGUGCCGUCCUUCUCCUUCCAUACUUUACACGGCGGAUCCGCUUCAGGCAGCACGGCCUCUCUGCGUCCACCUGCUAAAAUCGUCCCGCCCCCUUCACCGGGCCCUGCUCUGCCCCCGUCCUCCGAGCAAUCGCACAGUUCGCGUCCCUCGACUCCUGGAUUGGCUGGAGGAGGUAAACCCAAAAUCCGAUUCGCUCCACUUCCGGAUCCCCGCAGACCGCGGAGCUUGAGCACAGGCCGGAAUAUUGCGUACAGAAGCACCCUCGGACCUAAUGGGGUGGAGACGAGGACGCUGGAGCUGAGGGGAAUGGGUGACAGAGACGGAACUGACGACCAAGUAAUCGUUGACGAUGACUACGAUAAUGAGGAGGAUGCGGGAGACGACGAAGGGGAAGAGGAGCGGGGUGGGAAGAGCGGCAGGAGUUGGAGCAAGACGGUGGGAAGCAGUUGGAAGGGUACGAAGAAGCUUCUAAGCGGGAAGAAUCCAAUCAAGGAUAAAGACAAGGAGAAUGAUGCGUUGACUGCCGGUGUGCCCUUGGCUAGGAGCUCGAGUACUGGCGGCCUCAUCGGAGCCUCGCCGUUCCGUUGGACAGUCGAGACGGAGCGUAAAAACAGUAUGCAAGGCCCUCCACCCGCAAGCGUCACAUCUCUUCUCUCCGCUCGUCGGGCAGAGAACAAUACCGAUAACGGCAGCAGCAGCAAGGUACCCGUUCCUGCGUCUCCCAAAUUAAUACCAGGCGUCUCAGGUAGUCAUAGACGCAACUCAUCUAUCGAACAGCACCGAGGCUCCUCUUCCCUCGGUACCUCCCCCGGACGGCCGGUGAAGAUGUUGAACGGACGGGUAUACGGUUCGCGCCGAGCAUCCGAAGCUGCAGAGCGGGAGAGAGAGUAUCGGGAAAAGCUUGAACCUGCUUUUAUCGAAUGGGGGUCGUCUAACGGUGUCGGUAACAAUGCGGUGUCGGGCGGAAGGUCCGGGGCAGGCUUGGGGUCAUCGGGGCAAGGGGCAGGGGUGAGAGGGGGGAGGAGACAAGGGGUUGAUGAAGAUGAUGGAGGUGGUAUGGCUUGGGUGAAGAGACGGCGGGAAGAGCGGGAGAGGAAAGCUCGAGAAGAGAAGGAGAGACAGCAGAUGCAGGUGGGCGACAAGGCGGGUGGCGGGGAGAAUGAAGGGGGAGGACAUGAAUCUGGGUCCCCCGGAGCUGGAGGGGGAGAAACAGGGGGAGGGUUGACAUCGAGCCAAAGCUCACAAAGCUCGCAAACUUCGUUCGACAUGCCAGAGACGACAGGCGGUGAGGGCAAACCCAAGCUAAGGUUAGGAGUUGAAGAAACGAAUCUUCAAACACCUGCGACGGAUCCCUCGGAACUCCCACGCCAAUCGCCUACCAUCCACAUUUCACCUGUGGUCUCCCUACCACCCCGGAUUGACGUACAUCUCCCGCCAUCCUCCCCCUCUCUCUCUAACGAUCACGACCACGAUCACGAUCACGACCAUCAUAACGUCCGGAUAAGCCCAGUGGAAAUCAGCAGACAAGCAGAAGAACUAGGCAAGACGAUGACCAUUUCCAAAUCGCCAAUGACGGAUCGGAAGACGGAGAAGCAAGCGAUGGUGAUCCCUUCCGACAAGUCGAGAAAGGCGGCCUCGUCUCCGAGCCCGAACCUGCAUCAGUUUGGGUUUACGGAUCCGUUUGCAGAGGUUAAUCCGACGAGGGUUGGUCAGUCCCGAAAUCCUGUCGAAGGGGGUGGAAAUGAGGAUGAGGAUGAGGAGGGGGAGGGAGAGGAAGAGGGAGAGGAUGAUGAUGAGGACGAUGACGAGGACGAUGACGAGGACGAUGAUGAUGAUGGGGAUUUCGAUGAUGAUGUAGUAAGGACGACAUCCUCUGCGGCAGGUGUAGAAGUGAUCAGUCGUCACAGGGAUUGACACGAAUAAACAUUUGCCCCAAUCCACCAAAAAAAAAACAAUCGAAAGGCGACAAUGCGAGAUACCCAAAACAUGGCCAAGAACACGAACAAGAAAUUGGAAAAGAAGAAGAAUUAGUAGUGUACUGUAUUUUAAUCAUUUUACGGAUCAAGUGUAACAUUUAGAACGAAUUAUAUAUCGUGUGCUUGUUGGGAUACCUAUAAAAGAAUUAAUCAGGUUGUUACGCUCCAAAUUGAUUGUGCAGUAUAUGAAAGAAUGCAAUUGUUAUUCUCUAAAGCCG